GUUCCCGUCCUUCUGUAACUCCCUGCACCAGAGCGCAGCGGAGAGUGUUAAAGUGUUCAUCUGGUAGCAUUUUAUUCAAGACAAGUCAACGAAACAAAGCAAGAUGCCUGAAGAAAUGCGCCAAGAGGAGGAGGCUGAGACCUUUGCCUUCCAGGCAGAGAUCGCCCAGCUGAUGUCCCUCAUCAUUAACACUUUUUAUUCCAACAAGGAGAUCUUCCUCAGGGAGAUCAUUUCCAACGCCUCUGAUGCCCUCGACAAAAUCAGAUACGAAAGUCUGACUGAUCCGAGCAAGCUGGAGAGUGGGAAGGACCUGAAGAUCGACAUCAUCCCCAACCAGCACGAACGCACACUGACCCUCAUCGACACUGGAAUCGGCAUGACCAAGGCCGACCUCAUUAACAACCUGGGAACCAUCGCCAAGUCUGGAACCAAGGCCUUCAUGGAGGCUCUUCAGGCUGGUGCAGAUAUCUCCAUGAUUGGGCAGUUCGGUGUGGGCUUUUACUCGGCAUACCUGGUGGCUGAGAAGGUGGUGGUCAUCACCAAGCAUAACGACGACGAGCAGUACGCCUGGGAGUCCUCAGCCGGCGGAUCCUUCACAGUCAAAGUUGACCAAGGCGAGCCCAUCGGCCGUGGAACCAAAGUCAUCCUGCAUCUGAAGGAGGACCAGACCGAGUACGUCGAGGAUAAGCGAGUCAAGGAGGUGGUCAAGAAGCACUCUCAGUUCAUCGGCUACCCCAUCACCCUCUAUGUGGAGAAGGAGCGCGACAAGGAGAUCAGCGACGACGAAGCCGAGGAGGAGAAGGAAGAGAAGGAGGUGAAGGAGGAGGAGGAGGAAGGCGAGGACAAGCCCAAGAUCGAGGACGUAGGCUCGGACGACGAGGAGGACGCCUCCAAGGACAAGAAGAAGAAGAAGAAAAUCAAGGAGAAGUACAUCGACCAGGAGGAGCUGAACAAGACCAAGCCCAUCUGGACCAGGAACCCUGAUGACAUCACCAACGAGGAGUACGGCGAGUUCUACAAGAGCCUGACCAACGACUGGGAGGACCACCUUGCCAUCAAGCACUUCUCAGUGGAGGGUCAGCUGGAGUUCCGCGCCCUGCUCUUCAUCCCCCGCCGUGCCCCCUUCGACCUCUUCGAGAACAAGAAGAAGAAGAAUAACAUCAAGCUGUACGUCAGGAGGGUCUUCAUCAUGGACAGCUGCGAGGAGCUCAUCCCAGAGUACCUGAACUUCAUCCGCGGCGUGGUGGACUCCGAGGAUCUGCCCCUGAACAUCUCCAGGGAGAUGCUGCAGCAGAGCAAGAUCCUGAAGGUGAUCCGCAAGAACAUCGUCAAGAAGUGCCUGGAGCUGUUCGCCGAGCUCAGGGAGGACAAGGAGAACUACAAGAAGUUCUACGAGGCCUUCUCCAAGAACAUCAAGCUGGGCAUCCAUGAAGACUCUCAGAACCGCAAGAAACUCUCGGAGCUGCUGCUGUACCACAGCUCCCAGUCCGGAGACGAGAUGACCUCUCUGUCGGAGUACCUCGGCCGCAUGAAGGACAACCAGAAAUCCAUCUACUACAUCACUGGUGAGAGCAAGGACCAGGUGGCGAACUCCGCCUUCGUGGAGCGGGUGCGCAAGCGCGGCUUCGAGGUUCUCUACAUGACCGAGCCCAUCGACGAGUACUGCGUCCAGCAGCUGAAGGAAUUCGAGGGCAAGACCCUGGUGUCGGUCACCAAGGAGGGGCUGGAGCUGCCCGAGGACGAGGAGGAGAAGAAGAAGAUGGAGGAGGACAAGGCCAAGUUCGAGAGCCUGUGCAAGCUGAUGAAGGAGAUCCUGGAUAAGAAGGUCGAGAAGGUCACCGUGUCCAUCAGACUGGUCUCCUCGCCCUGCUGCAUCGUCACCAGCACGUACGGCUGGACGGCCAACAUGGAGCGCAUCAUGAAGGCCCAGGCCCUGAGGGACAACUCCACCAUGGGCUACAUGAUGGCCAAGAAGCACCUGGAGAUCAACCCCGACCACCCCAUCAUGGAGAUGCUGAGGCAGAAGGCCGAGGCCGACAAGAACGACAAGGCGGUGAAGGACCUGGUCAUCCUGCUGUUCGAGACCGCCCUGCUCUCGUCCGGCUUCUCCCUGGACGACCCACAGACGCACUCCAACCGCAUCUACAGGAUGAUCAAGCUGGGCCUGGGUAUCGACGAUGACGAUUUGUCCCCCGAAGAGCCGAGCUCCACCCCCGCCACGGAGGAGAUCCCGCCCCUGGAGGGAGACGACGACGCUUCACGCAUGGAGGAGGUCGACUAAACCCCCGUGCCACCCGCUACCCCUUUUUAGCCUCACUUUUUUUCUAACGCCAUUCCCUUCGCGCCCCGUACGAGGGCGACCCGGUCGAAACCCAUCGCUGUUUUUUGUUUUUUUGUUUUCGUUGUACAAAUUGUAAUAGUCAAAACGGCUGUAAUUUUUUGACGGUCGGUCCCGGUUACGAUGCGCCUCCUGCCGCACCGAGCUUCCUGUAAAGUGAGGCACCAGGGGAAGUGAAGAACAUUCCACCGCUCUACUGCUCGCUGCAUUUGGGGGUGGACUGCAAAACGACCCGUUCUGCCUGAUUCCAGACUCGUGUGUUCAAGUGUGUUUUUGUUUUUGCAGAUUAAAAGUCGUGAUAAAAUUUC